GCGUCGGGGGCGGGGCCAGAGUCCUGCGAGUCGCGGGAGCGCCCCGGUCUUACGGGGGCCUGCGGUGCUAUGAUCCGGAACGGGCACGGGGAGGCCGGCGCUGCCGGGCGGAGGGUCCCGGCGGGCCAGCGCGCCGUGCGGGUGUGGUGCGACGGCUGCUAUGACAUGGUGCAUUACGGUCACUCGAAUCAGCUGCGCCAGGCACGGGCCAUGGGGGACUACCUCAUCGUGGGUGUGCAUACCGAUGAGGAGAUUGCCAAGCAUAAGGGCCCCCCCGUGUUUACCCAGGAGGAGAGGUACAAGAUGGUACAGGCCAUCAAGUGGGUGGAUGAAGUGGUGCCCGCCGCUCCCUACGUCACCACCCUGGAGACACUGGACAAGUUCAACUGUGACUUCUGUGUUCACGGCAAUGACAUCACGUUGACAGUGGAUGGCCGAGAUACCUAUGAGGAAGUGAAGCAGGCUGGGAGGUACAGAGAGUGCAAACGCACGCAGGGUGUGUCCACCACAGACCUCGUGGGCCGCAUGCUGCUGGUGACCAAGGCCCACCACAGCAGUCAGGAGAUGUCCUCCGAGUACCGGGAAUAUGCUGACAGCUUUGGCAAGCCCCCUCACCCGACACCUGCCGGGGACACACUUUCCUCAGAAGUCUCCUCCCAGUGCCCUGGGGGGCAGAGUCCCUGGACAGGGGUGUCCCAGUUUCUGCAGACAUCCCAGAAGAUCAUCCAGUUUGCUUCUGGGAAGGAACCCCAGCCUGGGGAGACAGUCAUCUACGUGGCCGGUGCCUUUGACCUGUUCCACAUCGGGCACGUGGACUUCCUGGAGGAGGUGCACAAGCUGGCCAGGAGGCCCUACAUCAUUGCCGGCCUGCACUUCGACCAGGAAGUAAACCGAUACAAGGGUAAGAACUACCCCAUCAUGAACCUGCAUGAGCGGACUCUGAGCGUGCUGGCCUGCCGGUAUGUUUCAGAAGUGGUGAUUGGGGCACCGUACUCGGUCACAGCGGAGCUCCUGAGUCACUUCAAGGUGGACCUAGUAUGUCAUGGGAAGACAGAAAUUGUGCCAGACAGGGAUGGCUCUGACCCCUACCAGGAGCCCAAGAGAAGAGGAAUCUUCCGUCAGAUCGACAGUGGCAGCGACCUCACCACAGACCUGAUUGUGCAGAGGAUCAUCAAGAACAGGUUGGAGUACGAAGCACGGAAUCAGAAGAAGGAAGCCAAGGAAUUGGCCUUUCUGGAGGCCAUGAGGCAGCAGGAGGCACAGCCUGCAGGGGAGACUGACUGACUUCUGACCUGGAGGCUGUCACUCACGCCCUUGCUCUGUGCCCAUCUCUUCUCUCCCUACCCUGCUCUGCUUCUGUGUCUUGGUGUCAGCUCACACAAUCCCAAAGGAAGCUGGCCCUGCUGGAGGGUGCUGUUCUGCUGCCUGUGAGGCCCCCACUGCCCAUCUUGCCACAGGCUCAGUCCUUUGCACUGAGCUGCCCAGAGAGGGUGGCCAGCACAGUGAAGCAGCCCAGCGGACAGGAGACUGGAGGACUGCUGUGUGUCCUUAGCGUCCACAGUCCUGACUGCCACUGCCCCAGUCUUGGCUGGGGACGCCCCUCCUGCCUGACUGGAAGCUGCAAUCUGCGGGCCCAGCUUUGGUGAGAGAUACUGAGGGGGAUGACUUUGGGGACUUCUUGUCCUGGGUCACCCUGCAAGUGGGCACCCUCUACUUUGGGGCAUGUUCUAGCACCCCAUUCCUGAUUCCCAGAAGAUGUACUUCCCUGACGGCUGGGCCAGCUUGACUGUUCUCUGCACAGACUCCGUGGUCCUCAUUUUGUACCUCAGUGGCCCAUGUAAAUCUCUUUGGCUCCGCUGAAUAAAGCCUAGCGGGGAAGUGCCCUGCAGGCAUAUGGCCCCAGGAA